CUCAUGUCGCUAAAGUAGCUGCAAGUACCGUCAAUAAGCCCAUUCGCUGUAAGUGCCAUGAGCUCUCUUGGCGUGCGACCAGAUGGAACUCAAUGCCCCCCUUCUCCAAGCCCAUCAACUACAUCAUCCAUUCAUAAUAACAAACAUCACGGCCAGUAUCACUAACACAAUCUCCAUCUGGCGCCUCAAAGACUUGACCGUGCUCUAGGCCUGUCUGUCGUUGGCGCUUGUUGACUCAGUUGAUUCCGACUACGCUCACUCUUUCUUUUCGUUAGGUACAAGCUCCUCACUCAGACCGAGGCUUAACAGUAAGUUAGUACUAGACCUAUGUCUUUGCUUCACCUUCACCUGCAACAACGAACUGCAAGACUCCUCCAUUGUGGGACAUAUAGAUCUCCUUUGAUCUUCAGUCUAUUUCUAUUACCCGCUGAUUCUCAAUCCUCUACUCCACAGUUUCCGCUCAAGCUCCUCGAAACAGAAGAAGCGACAGAGCCAAGGUACGCACGUCGUCGAUUCACCAUCAUCAUUGUCUCAGAAAGUUCCUCCACUGCAACGCGAAAAGGAGACGCUAGUCUCACGCUUUGAACCUCCAAAGGCCUCCAAUCUAGUGCUAGCGGCAAUCUGCCAGUAGUGAGGUUGUGCGCCCAUUGCGUCAACACCAUCAUCCUGUUCCAGGCUCUUCUCCCCUUCCGUCUCGGCUCCGUCCCCCAUCUCCUCGUGGUCCAUUCCGUCGUUUUUGUUUCUCUCCGUUGGUCCUUGCUUGCUCUAGCUCAGGCUGUUAAACUACGGUACUCGACUUGCGUCGUACUGUAGGAGAAAUAACAACGCCACCUCCGCCAUGGAUCUACCUCCCUCUCACUCUCAUCAAUCUCAACCUUCGUCAUUUCCCCAACAGGCGUCUUAUUCAUACUCGUACGGUCACGAUUCUUCUCCAGAAUCAUCCUCAGCUUCGCACCAGCGUGCAACUGCGACUAAUACUGCCGCCAACGCACACACACAAUCAUAUUCUCAACACGACGAUACCUACAACCGGUCAAAUUCGAUUUACGCACCGCAACCGCAGUCGCAACAAGGAGGUCGUUUUACCGAGGAAUGGGGUGCGGCACCGCGCGGGCCUUCAGUCCUCCUUGAUUAUCCUUCACCAAGCGCAAACAUGCAGCGCAGCAAUUCGGUGCAUAGCUUCGUGACUGGCGAUGACCAGCAGCUCCUGGCUCGCCAGAAUACGCUCAAGAAGAAGAGUUCAGUGCGCCGAAAUGGGAGUCUCAAGCGUAGUAGUAGCCGUCGCUCUAUGAGAGCUGGCAGCGUUAAGAGUCUUGCCUUGCAGUCCUCAUCAGACCAUGAUGAGGCGCAUAGUGCUUUCUAUUGCCCAGUCCCUACGUCGGGCAAUCCUACCGAGACACUCUCGAACCGAUUCCAGAACUGGAGAAAGGUGCUCAAGGACCUUAUUGCAUAUUUCCGCGAAAUUCAAAAUCACUACGAGCAGCGUUCCAAGUCGCUCCUCAAACUCGCCAAUGUGGCUAACAAUAUUGCUACACCACCUGGCUUCCUUCAGUCAGCUGGAAUAGAUGAUGCGCUUCAAUUUCUACGGAUUUACAACAAGAAUGCUAUCCUCGAGGCCAACAAGGCCAAAGAAAUUGAAGAGGAUGUUAUUCUUGCACUCACUGGAUUGAGGAGCGACCUCCAGCAGAAGAUCAAGGAGAUCAAGAACCUUUCAGGCGACUUCAAGAACUCGGUCGAGAAGGAGAUGGACCAUACCCGCAAAGCUGUCAAGACCCUCAGCGAUAUUCUCGGCAGAAAUGAGUUGGAUGAAUCUUCUACCACUGGCAAGCAAGAUCCAUACCUGCUACGCCUGGCUGUCGACCGUCAAGUUGAGCGUCAGUUGGACGAGGAGAACUACCUCCACCAAGCUUAUCUCAACCUGGAGAAUUCCGGACGAGAGCUGGAAGCGAUUGUUGUGGGAGAGAUUCAGAAAGCCUACAACGCUUAUGCUGGCAUUCUUAAGCGGGAGGCCGACAACUCCUAUAACGUUAUUGGCGAGCUUCGAGAUGGCCCUAUUGCCAUGCCCAAGGACCACGAAUGGAUGCAUUUUGUGACUCACGACGACAAGUUCGUUGACCCAAAUAUUCCGCUCAGGACCCCGGACCAGAUUCAUUACCCUGGACAGGACCAUGAGGCAGCCCAGGAGAUUCGAGCCGGAUUGUUGGAGCGCAAGAGCAAAUACUUGAAGAGCUACACAGCCGGCUGGUAUGUACUUUCUGCUACGCAUCUCCACGAAUUCAAGUCAGCGGACAAGGCGCAAGCCCCUAUCAUGUCUCUUUAUCUUCCAGAACAGAAAGUAGGAUCCCACUCCAACGAAGGAGGCUCUUCGAACAAGUUUAUCCUCAAGGGUCGCCAAACGGGCGGCAUGCACCGCGGACACACUUGGGUCUUCCGUGCCGAAAGUCAUGACACCAUGAUGGCUUGGUAUGAGGAUAUCAAGGCUCUCACCGAGAAGACUGCCGAGGAGCGAAGUCAGUUUGUUCGAAGCCAUUCUAGAAGCCUUAGCCGAUCAUCCCGACGAUCAGUUAGUAGCGAUGGACUGGUCGACGAGGAGGACGAGGAGCCCUUCACGGCCGAUACUGAAUCAUUUACCAAUCCGGGACCAAGACAACAUGAGGCGACUCCCCGGCGAUCUCAAGCAGGUGGGCGGUUCCCAUCUGAUAUCCAAGUCAAUGCGCAACGUGGCUUACAGGCCCCUCAUUCGCCUUCUAGUGUAAGCUCUGGCUUCCAGGACAACAGGGACCCCGCUGUACCACCGAUUGUCACGGGUGCCCUUUCUCGUCCGGCCGCUGGAGAAUCGGAGCAGAGCAGGGACGAUCAUCCCGGCUAUGGGACUGUUCACCAGACGCCCAUGGAUGAGAUGCCCUCGCAUGCUGCAAUCGCAAGCCAAAAGGCCCAUUACGACGGUGUUAACCCUUAUACGAGCGAGCCGGUCAACCAGACUCCCGUUGACCCGGCCCCCCUCCACCAACAGCAGCAGCAGCCAUACCAGUCACAGUAUGAAUCGCAGCAGCCUGUACAGCUGUCAGACUACGUCGAUCAACACCAUGAUCAAACCUUUGUUCCUGUUGUGAUCCCCCAGGGUAAGGAUGAGCGCCAUGGUAAUUUCGCCAAUAGCGAACAGCGCCACUUUGAUGAGCAUCCUAAUAAUCAUACUAUGGAGCCACGAGAGGAGCCAUACGGUGGAUAUACAAUCAGUGGAGCUGGCCAUGAGACAUCGAACUUUGAGCAGCCUUCAUAUCCUCAGGCAUCAUAUGACAAUCAACCCAAUCACAGCUAUGCCAAUGGCAACGCUAAGGGCAACAGUUACACAAUGACAACUGUGGGAGAGGGCUUUCCUAGACUUGAUGGCGGCGCAACUGAAGAGCGACGGCCGUCGACUCGAGGAGGCGAAUCAGUCUACACCGAACGUGACUCUGUUCUACUCCAGACAGACGAUGAAGAUGAGAAGCCUGUCCCAAUCCGGCCAUCUGGUAACAACCGGACUGAGAGUCAUAACACCAUCUCAAACCUGCAUAUUCCCGGCGGCUACCCCAAGAGUACUCAAGCAUAGGAUGGGGCAUCAGUAUUCGAGUUCUCCCCACAUUCUGUGCCCUUUGUUGUUUUCCUUAUUGUUAUUUUUACUUUGCUGUGAUGGAGAGAAAUGGUUUGGGAGGAUGGUACAGCGUUGACUGAAGGGAGGCGUUGGUCAAAUGUGUUGGCGGGUCGACUUAUGGUACGGUUUGAAAUGGAAUAUCCCUCGUUUGGUUUUGGUUUGGUUCUGCAAAAUACUUACUUGGAUCGGUGUGAUAAGAUAUCUUAGUCUGUUUCAAUUGAUUGAAAAGUUCAGCGAGCA